CGGACCGAUCAUGGGUGACUGGAGCUUUCUGGGUAAUAUUUUAGAGGAAGUGAAUGAGCACUCAACGGUGAUCGGCCGGGUGUGGCUCACGGUCCUCUUCAUCUUCCGCAUCCUCAUCCUGGGUACGGCGGCAGAGUUUGUGUGGGGCGACGAGCAGUCAGACUACGUCUGCAACACGCAGCAGCCCGGUUGCGAGAACGUGUGUUACGACGAGGCAUUCCCCAUCUCCCACAUCCGCCUGUGGGUUCUGCAGAUCAUCUUCGUGUCCACGCCGUCUCUGGUCUACGUGGGCCAUGCUGUGCACCACGUCCACAUGGAGGAGAAACGCAAGGAGCGCGAGGAGGCCGAGCUGAGUCGCCAGCAGGAGCUGAAUGAGGAGCGGCUGCCGCUAGCACCCGACCAGGGCAGCGUGCGCACCACCAAGGAGACCAGCACCAAGGGCAGCAAGAAGUUCAGGCUGGAGGGCACCCUGCUGAGGACCUACAUCUGCCACAUCAUCUUCAAGACACUGUUCGAAGUGGGUUUUGUGGUGGGCCAGUACUUUCUGUAUGGCUUCCGCAUCCUGCCGCUGUACAAGUGCAGCCGCUGGCCCUGCCCCAACACCGUAGACUGCUUUGUAUCCCGGCCAACAGAGAAGACAGUCUUCAUCAUUUUCAUGUUGGCCGUGGCUUGCGUCUCGCUCUUCCUUAACUUCGUGGAGAUCAGCCACCUGGGCUUGAAGAAGAUCCGCUUCAUCUUCUGGAAGCCAGCCCCGGGGCAAGCCCAGGGUGAGGGCCCGAGCCCACUGCCCCCUCCAGGGGGGAUCCUCAAGAGCCUGCCCCCCCUGGCCGUGCCCUCCAUCCAGAGGGCCAAAGGCUACAGGCUGCUGGAGGAGGAGAAAGCCCCGUCCGUGACCCACCUCUAUCCCCUAGCAGAGGCGUGCAUGGAGGCAGGGAGGCUAACCCCCCUGGCCCCGCCCUUCCAGUGCAUGGAGGAGAAGGCGGAAGAACUGGGGCACAUGGAGGACAUUUCUAAGGUGUACAAUGAGACCCGGCCCUCCUACGCCCAGACCACCGAGAUAGGGGAGGAUACACUACCACUACACCAAGAGGAGGAGGAGCAGGAGCAGCAGCAGCAGGAGGUGGUGGAAGAGGGCAAAGAAGAGGAGAAAGUGGUGGCGGAGGCAGGGAUGGAGGUGACGGAUACGAUAGAAGACACCAGACCACUGAGCAGAUUGAGCAAAGCCAGCAGCAGGGCCAGGUCAGACGAUCUCACCGUAUGAACCUGUGAGAGAAAACGCACGCACACACACACACUUACACUCACACACACACCAAACACAGCAGAACACACACCUAACUCAAGACAACACACAGUUCAUACAGCAGGGCUUAACCAAGGGAAACAAAUGUAAAACCAACAGGGAUAGAUUCAAUCACAAGUUGCAAAUUACUCUUACGACGUGGGCAACAUCAUUCAACAAGGCAAAGAAAGAUCUGAGCUUGUUUGUGAGAUAAGUGAAUAUUAUAAAAAGUAGCGGUUAAAGAGAGGAGGGAUAGAUUUUUGUAUUAAGCGUGUUCUUAUAUAAAACCAAAUGUAGAAAGGGAAAACAUGCAGAGAGGGGGAAAGAUUUUUACUUGAUGAAAAUCCAUGUGCUGUUUUUAGAAACAUAUUUUUCUUUAACAAUAACCAAUGAAAGAUUACUAAUGUUUACAUAUUUUGGGGGGGUUGAAUGGGUAGGGGAAGAGAUUGAUCAGAUAUUCCUGUCUACAAAGCAGUAACAUUACUUUAGGCAGGCAAGCACUUUCAUUCCCAUACAGUCAGUGACACUGGAACUAUGUAGUUGCAAACAUGUUGCAGGUGGAAGGGCUCUUACACACCAAGUUCUUGCACAGAAAAAUCACAGACCAAAAUGUACAAACUUAUGACUGACUCUUCAACACCAAGUUGAUAGUCAUUUUUGCACACAUUUCCUAGAGAACAGAGAACUCUGUGCAAGGCCUAUAUAACCCUCAUAUCACCUCAAUUAUGCUUAGAUUUACACUUCUUACAAUUGAAGGGAGAUUUGCAUCUAUGUACAAGAGCAUAUCUCUCCCUUUAAUGUUUAUAUACAGCGAAGUACAGACGAAAAGCUGAGUAGUGGAGAAAAAAACCCAAAAACAAUACCACAUGUUGAAUGUCUCUUUUCAUCGUGAUUCUACAUCUCAUCUUUUGGAUUGCUUAUAUAUUUUGUUGCCUAUGUAAUGCAGAAGUGUGAGCUGUGAUAAUGUUGUCUUUUUGUGAAAGAGAGGAGUGCUGGUUUUGCCCGAUCACAGACUGGACCAUAGUAACAACCUCAGGCCAAAUCCUCUCUUUUCGCACUGUACAAACAGGCGUCAGAGCGAUAAAGAUCACGCACGAUCAGCACAAAGUAUUGUUGAGCCACAGACAAUAAAAUAAACCGCUCUCAUAUAUGAAAAACAAGCAUCCUUGACAUUGUUGUGGUGGAAAAAUUGUUUUACUUGAUUUUAUCUGCCCUUGAUGUUCCUUUCCCCUGUACAAAUAUGAAAUACUUGUUUACAAAAUUUAGAAAGAAAAACAAUCAACAGUGAAUCUCAUUGUACAUAAACUAUAAUCCUAUCUGAUGUCUAAUAGCAAACAUAAUGUUGAGAACAUUUAGUUUAAGUUAUGAUAUCAUGUCUUGCUAAAUUACUAGAAAACAGGCAAGAAACAUCCUAAUGCUGCUCAAGUCACUGAUUUGGUAGGGAAAAUGAAGUGCUUUUCAAAACAGAAUAAUUAUUUCCAUAAUUACCAAAGACUUGCAUUGCUGAACUUUGACCUUUCUUAUCUCUGUCCCAGAGAUGUUUUUAUUUUUACAUGUUUAAAAAGUUGUAAGAGAGCAGAAUUCUCUCUUACAAGUACUUUUUAAAUUAAAACAAAAAAUCUAUGCCCCUUGAAAUGGAUGCCUUAAAGUAUGACUUAUGUGUAUGAAAUAUUUCUCUCUCUUGCUCUUUCUGCUUUAUUUAAAUUGCUUGGCUAUUUUGCUUUCCGAUGUAUAAUUUGAUGUGCUUUAUCUGUAAAUGUAAAUUCUCAAAUGUCUUUGUAAAGGUUAAAGCACUUCCAUUGCUCUGGGAACUAUGUGAAUGUCAUGUAUUGAAUUCAAUGUUUUUGAUGUUUUUUUUCCCUUAGCUUUCAAAUAAUCCUUUGAAUACGCAAAAUCCCCCUUCAUUUUUUAGGGAAAUGUAAAGUUUGUCUGCAAAUAAGUGUACUUGUGUCUCAGUCAGUGCUGUGCCUUAAAUCAAAGCAUUGGUCAACGCAGCAGUGGGUUUAUCCAGUGGCACAGAUGAUCAAAUGGUGCAGAAAAGCCACAAACACAUACAAGCACACACACACAGACGCACAUGACCUCACACAUGCAUACACACACAUGCAUACCCAUCUGCAUGCAAACGCACACAAACACACACUUCCAGUGUUGGUUUUGGGGGUAUGAUCAAACGGCUCUAGACAAACUCUGACAGAAAGGCAGCUUUGACCCCUUUGUGACCCCCAGCCACUCAUUUGCCUCCCAUAAACCAAUGCUUUGGCAACCUUGUGAAUGAGACAACAGGCUUUUCACAAUUGCAGAAGAGUGUAGCACAUUUCAACACUGUGAAAUAUAUUCCAAAACCAAAAUAUGUUCUGGUUCUCAUGUGUGGUAAAUUCAUAUAACUGGUACAUAUGUGUUUUCUUUUUCAAACAGUUCCCCUUGCUUAAUCAUUUGUAAGAACAUUUGACUAAUCUUGGGAAAGAAAAUAACACUUUUUACUAACUUCUAGUCCUCUUUGCUCCUAGUUGUGUGACUGUAUCAUCUUUUGGAAAGUGAACCAAGGCAAUAAAAGGUCA